AUGGGAGACAUGGAGUCAUUGAAAAGUGUUCAUGGCACGCUUCCCGCUUCAUGGUAUCGAGAGAAUGGUAUGUACGAGCUUGAAAAGAGGGCCAUAUUCUCCAAAAGUUGGCUCUGUGUCUCCCAUUCCAUGAGAUUCAGAAGCGUCGGGGAGUUCGUCAAGUAUGAGAUAGCAGGAUAUGAGUUCUUCAUCAUCCGUGAUCGCAAAAAUAGGCUCAAGGCAUUCCUGAACAUCUGUCGCCACAGAGCAUAUCCGAUUCUUGACAAGGAGUCUGGCAAAGCUAGUAUUCUGUCAUGCAAAUACCAUGGAUGGUCGUAUGGUCUUUCGGGGGAAGUUGCCAAAGCUCCACGAUUUGACACUAUGGAGCAUUUCGAUAAAUCCCAAUACUCACUAUUCGAAGCCCAUCUCCGUGUUGACAAGCUGGGCUGGGUUUGGGUGAACCUGGACUCUGCUAGUCCUCCAACGAUCUCGUGGGAAAAACACUUUCAGGGCGUGGACCAACAGCCCCGGCUGGGGAAGUUCACGAUGGAGGCUUUCGAGUUUGAUCAUACAUGGGAGAUGGAGGGUGAAUACAAUUGGAAGAAUAUCAUCGACAAUUACAACGAGUGCUAUCAUUGCCAAACUGCACACCCCGGCAUUGUUGCCACAACAAAGUUGCCUACAUAUGAUGUGGUCUGCCAGAAAGGAUGGAUUGAGCACCACUCUGAAGCAUUGGACACGGUCGAGCAAAAGUAUGGUGUUCAGCCAACUUACCUCUUCCCUAACGCUAGCAUCACAAUCUCGGAUGAAUACACAUACCUGAUGCGUGUUACUCCGACAUCUUCCAAGAGCGUCAAGAUGCAGUACGAGGUGUACCGGCGCAGAGGUCUCGCAGAACAGGAAUUCAGGGACAUAGAUGCAUUUUUCAAGCAGAUCGAGAAUGAAGACAAGGGUCUGAGCAAUGGGGCCCAGAGGAACCUGAACUCAGAUACGUACGUCAGCGGACCACUGCACUCGCACAACGAGAAAGGAGUCAUCUACUUCAAGGGUCUUGUCAAAGCUGCAGUCGAGCAGCAUUGGUCGGAGGAGGAGAAGCUUGGCCACAAGAUUGUCCCUAUCCGGAGAAGCAUGAGAUCUGAGUCUAUCGAGGCGGAGGAAAGGUUCUGCAAUGCGGUAUGCGGAGAUGAAGAGCUGAAGUCGUUCUCGGAUUGGUAG